AUUAACUUAAUGAUAAUUCAUUAUUCAUGACGUUACUGAUGACACUCAGCUACUGCUACAUCAGUGUCGAGAAAUUAUUUCCAUUAUUUCUCAUCACAACUGUUGACAAUUUAAAUGAAAUCUUCUCUUACAUCGUCACUAAUUAUGGGAGAUAUUAUUCAUUUAAACGUCGGUGGCACCAGAUUUUCAACUUCCCGUCAAACUCUCACUUGGAUUCCUGAUUCAUUCUUUACUGCACUACUGAGUAAUAGAAUAGCCAGUCGUCGUGAUGAAACUGGUGCCUUGUUUAUUGACAGAGAUCCACAAAUUUUUUCAAUUAUUUUAAAUUACUUGCGUACUAGAGACAUUGAUCUAAAAAGUAUUGAUAUUAGGACUCUGAGACAUGAGGCUGAAUAUUAUGGUAUUACACCAUUAAUUAAAAGACUGAUGCUAUGUGAGGAUCUGACGCAUUCCUCUUGUGGUGAUGUACUAUUUUACGGAUAUCUACCGCCUCCGAGUAUUCCCUUGCAAGAACCAGCUAAUGUCACUGUUAGUACUACAGAUGUUGGAGUUCAUGGUAGAGUGACUGUAACUCCUCGCCCAGAAACCUCACAAGCUAGUACAUCUCAAGCUACUCCUAAUCAAGCGUCUAAUGCAAAUGGGCAACAAAAUCAAAAGCCUCCUGGGACAAGUCAUACAAGAAAUUCAUCACUGGACUACAGAUUGUCACAGAGAGGUUUGCAGCAUUCGCGAAAUCCUUCGUUAGAUCUUCGACAUGUUCGUAACAGUUCUGCUGACAUGAACAAAUAUUUUAAAAAUGAAGUUGGUCUUGUUUUUGGUCCUCAUCAAGCUUCAGGCUGGGUUGAUCCUCUGAGAGUCCAAAUGAUAAAAGCCCAUCACAAUUGGAUCGUAAUAGCGUACGCCCACUUUAUAACGUGUUACCGAUUAAAAGAUUCAUCAGGAUGGCAGCAUGCUUUCACAAGUCCUCAUGUAGAGUCAAUAAUUGAACGGGUUGCUAUAAAUGCUAAAAUGGGCAGCGCUGCUGAUGGUAAAAUGGUUGCAAUAUCUUACGGUAGUCAAAUACGUUUGUGGAGUGUUUCUGAAGAUGGAAUUAAAACAAAUAUUGGUACAUUUAAUUUGAAUGUACGAGUGGAAUAUUUAUUUUUUAUUGGCAGUCAAUUGGUUGCAUUAUCACCGACGGGUAAAAUUGGAGUUUGGCACGCCAUGUCUCAGCACUGGCAAAUUCAAGAUGUUGUUUCUAUUUCAUCUUUUGAUACCGCUGGUUCUUUUCUACUUCUUGGAUGUAACAAUGGAUCAAUUUACUACAUCGAUAUGCAAAAAUUUCCAUUAAGAAUGAAAGACAAUGAUUUAUUAGUAACAGAGUUGUACAGAGAUCCAAAUCUUGAUCCGAUAACAGCAAUAUCUGUUUAUCUUACACCAAAAACAAAUAUUCUGUCCCUUUCUACAGGUCUGUGUGGAAAUUGGAUUGAGAUUGCAUAUGGAACAAAGUCGGGAAUCGUAAGGAUUAUUGUCCAACAUCCAGAGACUGUAGGACAUGGUCCACAGUUAUUCCAAACCUUUACUGUACAUCAAAGCAGUGUUACCAAAGUGAGGCUGUCAGAAAAAUACUUGGUGUCUGUUUGUUCAGAAUACAAUCAUGGUAGAAGUUGGGCGUUGACACGAUUUCGUGGUAUGAUAUCUACUCAACCAGGUUCUACGCCAGUAGCUAGUUUCAAAAUUGUCUCAUUAGAUUCCGUUGAUUCGUUGCUGAGUAAUGAUGCUGGUAAUGACUUUGGUCCAUUUGGAGAACAAGACGAUGAGCAAGUUUUUGUUCAAAAAGUUGUACCAGAGACUGAUCAAUUAUAUGUACGAUUAGCUUCUAAUGGGAAACGUGUAUGUGUAAUUCAAUCGGUUGAUGGAAGUUCAAUAAGCUCAUUUUGUGUUCACGAAUGCGAGGGAUCAAGUCGUAUGGGAUCACGACCUAGAAGAUUUAUAUUUACGGGACAUUCUAAUGGGGCUAUUCAAAUGUGGGAUUUGACAACGGCUCUUGAUCCUUCAUUUGAAGCUCAUCAAGCUAAAAAUUUUGCUGGUGGACCAUCACCAGAAGAAUUAUGGAAACUAUUAGACCAGUGUGAUUUAAGUAACAGUCAUUGCUCAACACCUUGUAUUAGUCCUUGUCCAGCAAUCGUAUCCUCUGGGCCAAGAAUAAAGGCAAGCAAUGUACAGUUUCUUAAUCAAUUGCAAAAUUCCGAAUCAAAUUCUGGUCCUAGCCAAGUGUAAAAUAAUAAUAAUAGAUAAAUGAUAAUUAAAUUAGCAAUAUUUUUAAAUUUUAUAGACUGUCUUCUUUUAAGUAUUAAUCUAUCUAAAUGCAUUUAAUUAACUAUUUACAUUAAAAAUGAAUUUAACUCGCUUAGAUUUGUGAUAUUUAUCAUAAUCUGUUGAAUUUAAAAAUAUUUACUAUAUUGUAUCUUUUAAAAUUCAAAGUUACUCAAUUGUAUAUUCGAUAUU